UCCUGUCUCAGUAUUGGUUUGGUCUGUUUGUGGUUUCUGCCGGAAAUCACCGUCAGUAGCCAUGCUGCAGUUUACUCUAUUUGGAGAGGAAGUCUUAACUUGUACGUUGUUAAAAUGACAUUGUUAAUCCAUCAGAUUCUGGGAUUUUUGCUUCUGUCUUUUUUCUCAGCUGUGAAAACAUGGACUUGCCGUAAUUUUAAUUCAACACAGGUAGUUCGUCAAGGAUCGUCAACCACCAUCAAUUGUUAUCAAAAACAGAACUUUUGUCUCAGAGACAAGGGUGUUGCUUUUGCAGUUGAUUUGAGAAGCAAACAUUUACUUUGUGCAUACUUCUAUAUAAACCAGUCCUGGAAUAAACAGUCGUGCAAUAACAACAUCAGAUUUGUAUGGAUUCCAGAAACAGAGCAAAUAUCGUUUGACUUGCUAAAUAUUCAGAUAAAUCAUUCUGCUGAUUACACAUGUACAGUAAUUCAGUACUUCCCACCUCCUACACACUGCGUGUUAAUCCAGAGGACAUUCAUUCAAGUAAUAGCAUCUCCAUCUGUUUCUGUGGCAUGUGUGAAAGAGCCUGAUGGAACUCCCACUAUGCUUUGUGCUACUGAGGGCUUUUACCCUGCUGAUCUGAAACAGGCCUGGCUCAGAGAUGGAGAGUACAUCAGUUACCUGAACACAUCACUUCAAAGACCAAAUUACGAAGAAAAUCUGAGCACUUCUCACAUCAACUGGACCUUCAAAAACAACACAGAUGGGUCCUACAGCCUUAUGUCAUACCUUCACCUGUCAUCAAACAUAGCAGAGCAGGUGAUGUACUUCUGCUGGGUGAAUCACUCAACACUGAUUGAACCAAUCACUGUUAUCAUGUCAUCUGAUGAAUGCACCGAGACAGAAGCGGAAUUCACAGGUAUUUUUGUUCGUUGUAUAGUCGUGGGGCCCAUCUUUGGCUUGUUGAUUUGCACUGCUUUGUUCAUUGAAAUUUACUUUCAGCACCUCAAUAAAUCAAGACAGACUUCAUUAUGAUUUUUGUCUGAAAUGUG